AUGAUGAUGUUUAAGGAAACUGAAUGUGAAGAUGUCUGUGAAACGCCUUAUAUGUAUGAUGGUCAAGCUAUUGUCCAAAAAGUGUUGCUGGGUUGCGCUUUAAUAUGCAUACCAUGGAUGUUGUUUGCCAAACCAUUAAUGGCCUUAAAAAGAAACAAAAGCGUGAUGAAAUCAACGUAUUCGACUUCUAUGCAACAAAUAACACGGUCAGUUAGUAUCAGCCUAGAAACGAAUGAUUUGGUACAUCAUUCGCCUUCAACAAUAUUUACGAACGAGGAAGAACCUUUUUCUGAAAUUUUCAUUCAACAAGCGAUUCACACCAUUGAGUAUGUUUUGGGUUCGGUUUCACAUACUGCUUCGUAUCUACGAUUGUGGGCUCUAUCACUGGCACACACACAACUUUCCGAAGUUUUAUGGGACAUGGUCCUAACAAGAGGCAUUCAUUUUCUACCCAUUUUCUACUUUGUAUUUGCUGCGUGGGCUGUUUUAACCUUAUCAAUUUUGGUAAUGAUGGAAGGUUUAUCAGCAUUUUUGCAUACUUUAAGGCUGCAUUGGUAA